AUGCGCUACGUGCUGUGUAUCCUCGCUCUCCUGCUCUCAUGUGCGUGUGUGCACGUCCUCGAUCAAGUGCGUGCAGCCGAUCUUCCAGAUCAAGUCCCUGAUACGGAGAGUGAGACGAAGAUUCUUCUUCAAGGUACUCCUGUCAAUUGCCCUCCUGAAGGUACUGAACUUACUGAAGAAGGUAAACCUUGUGCUGAGGCUGCUGCUGCUGCUGUGGAAUCUGGUCGUGAUCUUGGUCAUGGUACUGGUGAUAAUUGCCGUGAAGGUACUGGAAUUCCUGUUGAAGGUAAAUCUUGUGCUGCUAGUGGUCCUGUUCCUGCUGCUGGUGCUCAAGGGCCUAACAGCAACAGUGAUCAGCAUCAGUCUGGAGGUGGUCUACUGCAGGGUGCUAGAGGUAGUGCCGUAUCUUCUCAGAUGAGUGAACCGCGUAGUGAAGCUGAAGUCACUACUACUCACCGUACUCCUGAAAACGAGAGGGGGAACGGGGAACGUGGUGCGGAGGCUGCUGCAGGGGGAGAAAUGGACUCAGCAGGAAGGAGUCAGGAAAUUCAACAGCAGCAAGAAGGCCGUGAAGAUCCAAAACAAAGUGAAGAUGUAACUUCUGGGGUGAAAGAGAACUCAAAUCAAGAAGCUUCACCACAGCAACCUCAACAAACUGAUGAUACAUCCAAUGACAGUAGCGCAGUCAACACCAGUGCAGCCAGUGGAGAAGGUACAGGUGCACAAUCAUCCCCUCCUUCUGCAUCUUCUCAAACUGAUGGAACAGCGGAAGGUGGUAAUUCUGCAGAGACAUCAACGAAUAACUCAGCGAGUACGAACCCUGAAACUUCAACUACACCCACUAAUGAAGAAUCAACCACCACCACAACAACAACACUUCCUCCUGAACUCACAAACAACAAGAAGGGUGAUGCAGACAGCAGCAGCAGUAUCAGCAGUUCUGUGUGGGUGCGUGUACCACUACUGAUUGUGGUGACACUGGCCUGUAUUCUUGUGUGCUGA